UCGAUUGUGUCGCCCCGGGAGCCCAACCAACUCAUCAUCAAACGCGUGGUCGCGCUGGAAGGUGAUACUGUGGUGACGAGGCUGAGGUAUAAGCACCGGAGUGUAGUGGUUCCCAAAGGGCACUGUUGGGUGGAGGGAGAUAAUGCCGAUAAGUCGAUGGACAGCAAUACCUUUGGUUGUGUGCCAUUAGGGCUGAUAUCAGCGAUAUGUCUGUACAUCGUAUGGCCGCCCAAGAGGUGGACCCGAGUGUCGGUGGGGAUGCCGUCCGACCGGUCGACGAUUGUCUACCCAAACGAC